GAGCCAACCUACCCCGAGUCCGACCACUAGCAUAAAAGGGAGAAGCAGGGAAGUCAAAAUUCAACAUUGCACAACGCGGACCAGAGAAAAGCAUUGAAUCAUGGCUUGUGGUGACCUCAUGUCAGCUCCAGUGUGUUUGAUUGAAAAUGAUAAAAAUGGGAAGCUUUGUGUCAGCAAAGAGGGCAAAGACAUUCUGGAUAUGAUCAAUGGACCAGUGGUGGUGGUGUCUGUAGUGGGACUUUACCGUACGGGGAAGUCUUACCUUAUGAACCGCCUAGCAGGACAACAGUCAGGCUUUGCUCUGGGCAACACUAUCGAGUCAAAGACCAAAGGCAUCUGGAUGUGGUGUGUCCCUCACCCGUCUAUGCCAGGACACACGCUGGUGCUGCUGGACACAGAAGGACUUGGUGAUGUGAAAAAGGGAGACUCUGAGAAUGACGGCUGGAUCUUCUGUCUCGCAGUUUUGCUCAGCAGCACCCUGGUGUACAACAGCAAAGGAACCAUUGAUAAUAAUGCACUGGAACAGCUGCAAUAUGUUGUAGAGCUGGCUGAGCGGAUCAGAAUCAAAUCACAAUCAUCUGCAUCAGAAGAUGAAGAUGGGGAAGAAGCUUCUCAGUUUGUGUGUUUUUUCCCACAAUUCGUAUGGUCCGUUAGAGAUUUCACAUUGGAAUUGGCAAUUGAGGGAAAAAAUGUUACAGAGGAUGAGUACCUCGAAUCUGCUCUUGAUCUGAAGAAAGGUGUGACUAAGAAAAUCAGUGACUACAACCUGGUUCGUGAAUGUAUCCGGCGUUAUUUCCGUUCCCGGAAGUGUUUCGUGUUCCCAUUUCCAGCAUCACAGGAAAACAUGCCACGUUUAGAGAGCCUUCAAGAGCAGGAACUUAUGCCAGCUUUUCAGGAAACUACAGACCGUUUCUGUAAAUACAUCUUUAACAAGAGCGCUGUAAAAACACUAAAAGGGGGUCACAGUGUUACUGGGAAAAUGCUGGGUGAUCUGGCUCAGAUUUGUGUAGAGACAAUCAGCAGUGGUCAGGUGCCCUGUCUGGACAAUGCAGUGGUUACUCUUGCAAAUCUGGAGAAUCAGGCGGCUAUUGAAGAAGCUUUACAAGUGUAUAAGAAUGGGAUGGAAGAGGUAAAGAAUAAGUUUCCAAACAGUAUCGAAAAUAUUACUUCUGACCAUCUGAAAUCCAGCAGUCUGGCCAUAUCGAAGUUCACUAAACGCUCCUUUAAAGAUGAAAAGAAAGAAUUUCUGAACAAACUUGAGGAAGACAUACGUAAAUACUAUGAAAAUUUGCUGAAAGAGAAUGAGAUGGCAUCAGAAGGGAAGUGCAAAGAGCUGCUGAAGAAUCUGUUCUCUAACAUGAGUGAACGACUGCAGAAUGGAGCAUACAGUCAACCUGGAGGAUAUGAAGUCUACUGCAGAGACAGAGCCGUCAUCAUUGAAAAAUACUGUAGUGAGCCCAAUAAAGGAGUCAGGGCCGAAGCUGUGCUGCAUGAGUUUUUGAAUAAAAGAGCAGAUGAAGCAAAAAUCAUCCUUGACGCUGAUAAAAAACUCACUGAAAAUGACAAAAAGAUCCAAGUGGAGAAAGAGAAUGCUGCUCGGGUGGCACAGAGGUUGAAAGAAGAAAAGGAGAAACGAAUCCAGAGUGAACAGUUAAGGGAGGCAGAGAAAAAGCAGCAGGAGGAAAUAAAGAUGAAGAUGGAGGAGAAGUUUAAACAGGAGAUGGCGAAACAGAAGAAUGAGAUCGACAGAGCUCUGGAGAGUAAACUGAAAGAGCAGGAAGAACUGCUAAACAAAGGCUUUAAAGAAAAGGCUGAUCUCCUUGGUCAAGAGAUAGAGAGUCUAAAAAAUGAUAAUGAAAAGGUAUCUGCUGCUAGCAUUGUGAGGGAUGUUGUGAUUCCACUUGCAACUGCUGGCCUAGAGGUGAUUCCCAGCAUUUUAAUGCAUAGAUCAACAAUGAAAGCGCUUACACGAAAAUAACCUGAUUCGUUUUAAAAUAGAUUAUCAUCAUCAUCAUCAUCAUAUUCUUUAUUCAGGACAUACAUUAAAAAUGGUCCAUAGCACUAUACAAACACACAAAACAAAAAAAACAAUACAAGAUGCGACACAUACAAUAAAGAAUAAUGACUACAACAGUCAAUAUUCCACAAUACACAAGAAAAGAAAAAAAAACUGUUCAUAUAUUAACAUAUAAACUAAAACGCCAAUGGUUCCACAAUUUCGAAGUGAACCUAACGGCACUCAAUGCAGGGUUGUUGCAAUGAUGCUGUUAGAUGACUCUACUAAUCUACACAUACAUCUGUACAUGAGAUUCCUAAGUACAGCAGGACACGUAAAUACAUUAACACUUACACACAUGUGGCUCGCACUGCCCCAUUGUGGCAAUUUAAGGUGCAGCCUCAAACCAUCAUUUUAUGCCACAUUGAGUUUCUGCAUACUGCUUUUUUAUAAUGCUGCCACAAGUGGGCUGUGUACAUCGGAGUACAAAAAGCUUUAAAAAGUGUGGUCUUCACAGAUAGUGAACACAUAAAUUUGCGAUUCAGCAUAUUAGCUUGAGCAUACAACAUACUGUCUAUGAACAUCCCUAUCAUCGGACAGGUCAUCAGUUAUAUAAUGUCCCAAGUAUUUAACCUCAUCACACUUUAAGUACCAGACAAAUAAAAAGCGGAAAAUGAGAGUUUAUGAGAGGUCCUUCCUGCUUCUAGCAAUUAUUAUAUUACUCUUCUUAGAAUCAAAGUCUGAUCUAUAUUGAGAACAUACCCUUAGUAGCUGUUGAAGGCAAGGCCAGCACUACAUGCACACAGAAUGACCAAGUCAUCCGCGUACAUUAGGUCAGUGUUUCCCAACCACUGUGCCGUGGCACACUAGUGUGCCGUGACAGCUUGUUAGGUGUGCCGUGGAAAAAUUUAAAAUCACAACUGCGUGUGUCAAUGUCAUCAAUUCCAGCCAGGAUAUAAUCUUUGUGUUCAUCAAAACAAGUGUAAUUGCAUUGAAUGUGA